UCCAUCGAAAUAGGCCUUGCAUUUACAAUAACAGCUAGAAUUCAAUCUAAGGAAAGAUGUUUGCUAAGCUGCGCAAGAUUUAUCCUGGUGAAAAGACGGUUAGACCGUCUCCAGAACCCUGUUGCUCCAGGGACUUGAACCAUUUGGAAAAAGACUUGUCCCAGAAGAAAAGACGUGCUGAGUAUCUCUUGGAUCGCAUGCAGCAGCUGCUGCUCUUCCUGGCCGUCUUCCUCUUUUUCCCCGUGGUGAUCUUCACCAGCUUCAAGUUCUUGGUUAUGGUUCCCCUCUAUGGUGACAGCGAUACGAAUGUGGCCAUUGGCUCCGCAGUCGCCACGGUGAUAGUGAUGCAUGUCCUGGUCACGGGAUACAUCCUGCGCCUGAUCUUCGUGCAGGAGUUCCCGCGCAUGGAGAAGCUGGAGCUGUGGACCGAGUGGGAGGUCCUCAUCCCGACGCAGACCCAGGGACACGGCCCCGUGUUCAUCGUCAUGCUGCUGAUGUCCUACUGCUCCCUGAUACUCGGCUUUCCCAUAGCCACCUUCUUUGCCCUCAAGUUUGUGGUGCUCAAGAGCUUCGCCCACAUCGAUGCCGACAUUAUUUCGGCCAUCUGCACCGUGGUGGCAGUGCAUGCAGCAGUUGGCUUUUAUAUCUACAGAGCCAUCUACACGAAAAGUGCUAAGAGUAGUCGCGAGGGCAUAAGGACAUCCCUGUGAUAGGUCUCUGAAGACUCAUUUGAUUAUCCAAUUUAAAUUCUUAAAUAUAGCAAUGAAAAGCCAA